AUGCCUGUAGCCUUUGCUGUCAGCUCCUUACCUCUGGUAACCCCAGCAAACCUCAAGGGUCAAUGGAAUGGCCAAAGCAAGCAAAAUGAUAAGCCGGUCAGGAACAUGUUGCACUUCCAACCUUUGAAUGUGAGGAGGCAUCAUAGACUUGUGAUUUCUAGACCAGUGAGGCUUUCCACGCAGUUAUUGUCUAAUCCCACAAGGACCCAGUCUCCUGCUAUUGUGUGCUCUGUUGCUCUGAAUGCAAGGUGCUCAGCCUCUGGACAAACUCAAACCGUGCUUAAGCAGUCACCGACAAUUACCCAGGCCCCUGUACGAGAACCAACAAAGACGCCGGAGAUCGAUGAUGGAGGGCCUGGACUUCCACCGGGUGAUGAUGGUGGAGGUGGCGGCGGUGGAGGUGGUGGAGGGAACUGGUCUGGCGGCUUCUUUCUAUUCGGCUUUCUAGCCUUCCUGGGAUUUCUGAAAGACAAUGAGGGCGAAGAUGAGUACGGGGAAGGCAAGAGAAGGCGAAACUAG